AUGGUGGAGUUGGUAGUAUUAAGCAUACCAAGUUUGGCGAAAUACACUAAGCACAAGAUUGACACUCUUGAGGUUGAGAAUUUCUACUACAAAUAUACUUUGAUUGAAAGGGGUAUCGAGUUCGACAAAAUUGAGUUCAUUGUCUAUGAGGUGAAGUGCACAUCAAUUGAUGGUGGAUGCGUUUGCAAGAUGAGUAACGACUAUCAUGUUAAGGAAGGGGCAGAGCUCAAGGAAGAUGAAAUCAAGCAGGGCAAAGAUAGGGCUAUGGGAUUGUUCAAGAUAGUUGCAGAGUACCUCUUGAAAUUGAAGUUUUUGUCUUUGGAGACCGUUUUGAGGUGUUUCCGGGCCCUGUACCUUAGGCCCGCUUUGGAGAAAAACAUCCCCUGCGAAGUUCCCGACGUUUCGAUCUGA